AUGGAUGAUGAAAAUGCUGUUCCCCAUCCCCGGCAGCACUGGCAGCAGUUCUUCGUCUCAGAUGAUCGGAGGACGCGCAUCCCUGAUAGCUUCAGGGCUUCCAAGGCGUUUGUUGCCUGCAAACGCCCACGCGACUUCGCCCCCGUGAAUUCCUCCAGGUUUGACGAUUCAAGAUCUCGUCUGAAUUCUUUGUAUGGGCAAGUUUCAGGUUUUUUUCUUCCAACCUUCUGUUCUAUGUGGCCGUCUUUCUUUUUCUUCUUCUUCUUCCAGGAUCGGGGAAUGCACUAACCCGCCUCUCGGGUCGUCUCCAUCUCGGGGAGUUCCGUUGUCUGAGCUUUGCUUGAACGCGUUCUCCCAUCCUGUUGCCCAUCGUGCACCGACCUGUGUGUCACAGGAAUGUGCAACACUUGGGGCAUUUGUUGGUUCGGUAAAGCAGGAAGUAGAUAACCAGGCUUUCGAGGCUUCCGUCCCGCCGCCGAGGGUCUCAGAUGAAGAGUUCGAUGAAGCAGUUCUGAAGGAGAUUGAUGCUAUAUGCGAGCAGAGGUCUUCCGCAAAGAGGGAGAGGCUAACCUCUUUUGGCAGCCUCCCGUCCAGCCAUUGUUUAACUUUGACCCACCAUGAGAGACCUCCAGACGAUGAAAACGAUUCUGAUUCCUCUAGAAUGCAGCAGAUAGAGGAAGAAAGGGAGAAUAGCGCGCAGGAUGUGGCUACAGGUGAUGGUUCGGUGCCUCAAGCGUAUUCUGAAUACUUGGAGUCUCUGAACGAUCGACAGAGAGAGGCGGCUUACAGCGAUAUCUCCAUUCCUCUAAUGAUUGUGGCAGGCCCGGGAAGUGGAAAGGUCUAUUUCCUUAUGAUUGUCUCCUCACUUGUGCUAUCGAUGCUUGUAAUUGCUUAUGGGCUCUUUGUGUUGUGUUAAAUUCAGACUUCAACUAUGGUUGGGCGCGUGUUGACACUUCUGAAGGAGGUAACUCAUCCUUCGAACAGAUAAAGAUAAUUAUCCUUUGCCAUUUUUUUUAAUUCUGUCUGAUUAAAACGAGUUUUCUAUCAGGGGAUCCGCCCUACCAACAUCCUGGCCAUGACUUUUACUACAGCUGCUGCAUCUGAAAUGAGAGAUCGGAUUGCAAAAGUGACAGGGAAAGCUAUAGCAAAGGAACUUGCGAUCAGCACUUUCCACUCUUUUUGUUUGCAGCUUUGUCGGUCCAAUGCAGAGAAGUAUGUUAGCUUUAAGUUGCUUUUUGGUUUCCGAAGCACAUCCCAUCUUAUCAUUUUUGCUACAAAUUUAGAUAAAUUAUGGCGAAAACCAGUAAUUGCCAGUAACCCUCCAAUGUAUUUCCACGACACUCUUUUUAUAUUCACUUUGCUAACCAUUUUAGGAUGUACAUCAACAAUACCUCAGUAACACAAUAACUAUUUGUCUUUGCUCAUGCUCGUUUCAUUUCUUCUUGAUAUGAACUGUAUCAAUAAGAUUAGAACCUCUGAUAAAGGUUUUUCCUUUUUUCGGUAUGGAUAUCAGGGCGUAAACUGGGGAUUCAUGUGGUAUGGAUUCUUGACAUUCGUUGCCAUCUGUUUAAGGAUUUACAGUACCAAUGAAAUUGAACCAUCGCUGAAACUGGAGAGAUUGGGUAUUCAGAAUUACCAACUUUGGCGUUUAAAAUACUCAAUAAAUUCAUCUUUCACGAUAUUAUUUAAGACUGUGGAGAGUGGGUAUUCAGAAUCGUUAACUUUGAAUAUGGACUGUCUGGAAGAAACAUUCUGGCUUACAUUGCACGUUUCUAACAAGUCUUUACCAUAUGUUUCCCUGAAAACUUUUGUGAGAUCGUGUAGAUUCUGUACAUCGUUAUUUUGAUGCUUUGUUUUUCUCUAAUGCUUCUAUACGGUGUAUGGUGCUUUCUCGUAAGAAGGACAUGAAUUCUUUUAGUUGAAGUGAUAAUCUAAUGGAAGUGAUGCUUGCCCAUCCAAGCGGGGUUGUGAAGAUUCUCUAAUAAAUAGGCCUGGUUUUUGAGCUGUCAAUGGUGGAUAGAAAUCUGCUAAUAGAAUGGAGCUGUUAUUAGGCUGACAAGCGAACUGACCCUUAUAACGUAUCAAAAGUCCAGAGUAUGUUUCACCACCGUAGAGAGAGAGAGAGAGAGAGAGAGAGAGAGAGAGAGAGAGAGAGAGAGAGAGAGCGAAGAGGAAUGCCCAAUUAUCAGCUAAAUCUGAUUGGUGAAUUUUAUGUAGCUCAAAAGUUGUAACUAGGAUGAGCUAAUCCUCCUCUGCAUCUAGCAUAGGAUAAGCCUCAUACACUGACUGUCCUAGUUCUACUACCGUUUUUUGUUUCAUUUCUUCUGGAAAAAGAAGAACAGUCGUUUUGAUUAUAGAUGCACAACAAGAAAUUCAGUACAUAACUAAAUACUUCAUUGUAUGUAGUUUCAUCAUUCAAUAUACGAUCUGACACUGCAGCUUUCUUAAUUAUGUGUAUUUGCAAUGGGGUAGUUCGUGUGAAUUGGUUCCUAUAUGUAUUACUGUUUGAAUGAAUAUUGGUAUUGACCAUUCGCUCUGUUUGUUCAUAUUUGUAGUUUGACAUAACAACGCCAUUUACCCGUUUGACAAACAUGGAAUCCAUUUUUGCUCGGAUUAUCUCGUUGUGUAGACCUUUUCUCAUUUUGAAAAAAUAUCAGGUAGAAUUCUUUUAUUGUGAGAUUCUGAUGCUCUUUCCUUUCCACGGAAUAUAUAAAUUAAAUGGGAAUGUUUUUUUGGAUGAGAAGAGUGGCAGAUAAAGGGGAUAUGAGAUUGUCUGUGGAUCUUUCACUGUCAUGUUUCCUCUACUCCAUGUGGCUUGAUUGCAGCCAUUAUGCAAAGUUUUGUCGACGAGUUUUUCGGGGAAUCCUUUCAACGCAGUGCUGUUGGAGUUUUCCCCACACCUGUCCCCCCUUCAGCAUUGAUGUUAGUUGUUGGUUGUGUUAACGACACAUGUUUCUGAGAUUUGCAUGUAAAAUGCCAUGGCAAUAUAUUUCCACGAGUAAUCAGACAUUAUUUUCGUGGCAAUCAUAAAGGGAUUGCUCAUUCUGAACUUCCAGCAAAAACGGGUAAUAGACAGCCCACUUUUAUCCACAAGUAUUUUCAAAUUGCACCUAGAAGGUGCAUGCUUGACGGAUUAACAGCGUUGUGUCACUAGAUUUGAUGAUGGGUAAAACAAGGACCCAAUCUUGUGAUAUUGCAACUUUUAAUUUAGGAAGAUUUAUAGCAUUGAUGUCAUGUGAUUGUAUUCAUAAUUAAUUUGUGACUAUUUUUACAAAUAACAAGAGGAAUGUCAUGUUUUCCCUUUUCGAUUCUGAGUUCACUAUAGUGAAUUUGUUGAAUAGUGUUUAACAAGUGAGAAUAUGUUAUCGACUAGAUCUUGUCCUGUUCAUGAUUUGCAUACUUGUUUCUUCUGUUAAUCAAUCAUUCAUUUCGCUUCACAUUCGUAGUUUAUUUUUGAACUGGAUGCAUACUUUUACCUUGCUUUGGAUUCAGUUUUUAGUUCAGCCUGAAAUAGUCAUGCCUUUAUUUGCAUUCUUUGGCAUAGCUGUACUUAUGCAAAUCUAUAACCUGUAUUUUUUUGUAACUCUGGAUGCAAUAGGUUGUGUCGAACACCUGCUUUUCUAAUUUAUGGGCAUGGACAACAGAGAAGAGCUGUUAUCGAGUCACUGCGUGUGCUUGAGAACGAAAAGCGUGAUAAGUCUGGAAAUAACUGUGGUAUCAUGGAUGCUGUAUCAUUUAAAAAAAUGUCAAAGAAGUGGCAAAAAUUUGUGACCCAGGUUUGUUUUCUGCAAUUGGACAUUGGUCUGUUAUGUGCAUCUAUGAUUUUGUUUUUGAUUUCUUGGAAAAUAACUGUUUAUUCUAGUUUCUCAUUAUUUUGUGCUUUUUGAGUCACAAGAUGGUCAGGUUAUUUUUUUCCCCAUUUAUUGCUUGCUUAGGUGGAACUUUAAAAUUUGCCCAGUUUAUGGAAGCAGUUUUAAGAGUGAACACUGGUGACUUGCUGGAAAUCAAUACUAGGAUUGUUUGUUGCUGGAAAUCAAUACUAGGACAAUGUGCAAGAUUAUUCAUGCAAUGAUAACAUCAAACAGUUGGAAAGGCUAUAGGACCGUAUCUUGGUUUGUUGAACCUUCGAAUGGAGGGACAAAGGAGGAUACCAAGAAAAUUCUAGGUGUUGAGAUAGAGAAGGAAGGAUAAUGUAUUGAGGCCUAAAAAGCUUCCUAGGCCGAAUGCUGGGGAGAAUCUCUAUCUACUCCUCACAUUCGUCCUAAAGGAUAAUAAUGCACAUAUAGACUCAAUAGCAUUGGUUUAGUGGGCCCAAAGUUGAUGCAAGACUUAAUGGGCUGGUGGGCACAAAUAAUAUCCGAUAAUUAAUGGGUUCAACUAACUUUAACACAAAGAAACAAAAAAGGAUUACUCUUUCUCAGCAUACUUAAUCAUGUGCGUCAUUGAUAUAAUAAUUGAAGGAAAAUAAGUUUUAGCUUAUUCUACUUAAUUGAAGAAGGAAUUUAAUGAUAAUUUGGAUAGUUUUUUGGUGGAGAUUAAGAAUGAAAGAGUCUUCUAUGUCUAGAAUAGGAUUGACUGAAAAAUAGGCUGUUGUUUGGUUACAACAGUUUUGCUUCACUUCUGGCUUAUGAGCUGGGACAGGUAUCUGAUGUUUUUUACACAAUGUUGUUUUACCUGAUACAUGUAAAAACCUCUUAAAGCUUAAACCUGACUGCGAAACUAUGCCUAUAUUUUGAAGAGUUUUCCUACUAAUAAAACGGAAUAAUUUUAACGUUUAGUUUUAUUGUAAAGUUAAGAAAAAUACAAGCCCUCACAUUCAGUUAUUUAGUUUUGAAAUUUUAGAUAUAACUGGAUGUAUGUGGGGAUGCAUUCACCAAGAUUAUGAUUCCCCAGUAAUUUGUGAUGGGACUCCUGCAAUUCUUUGCUUCAUUGUUGGCAGGAUGAAUAAGAAGGAUAAAACAUUUAGCAGGUUCUGUCAUAUGAAAUUUAUUAUCGUGUUAUUUGAAAUCUUGGAUUGAGAAUGCUUUGUUAGAUGUGAUGAAAGAUUAUAAAACAGUUUCGAUGAUUGCAUAUGCAGAGGAAGACAGGUCGAGUAUCUAAAGAUACCUGUGAUCAGUACUUUGAUGAGGUUCUACAAGGUGAAUGGAAAAACAAGAAACAAUUGGGAUGGAGGUAAUGAAGAAAGAUAUGCAAUUUGAGAUGUUCAAUGUAGAUACAAUAUCUUGUGGAUCGACAAACUAAGAUCUGUCUUUCAUCGCAACUAGUUGGAAUUCACUGGAUAUGAAUUAUGAUGAUCAUUCCGAUGUCAAAAAGUUGAUGAUUUUCCUUGUCCGCCAUUUGUAUAGUUAUUAUGGGUUGUAGUGCUAUAAACAGGUGCUUAGGUGAUUGUUUUUUUGUUCGAAUUUUGAUUGUUGAGUUCGGUUGAUAUGUUGAGCUUGGUUAUGUGUUCUAUUGAAUCCUUUGUAGUGGGUUGGAGAAAACUGCUUGGCUGGCGUUUUUAUUUUGGUUUCUACUUGCUCUUGUUCUGAAAUAAGCGUCUGGAUAAUGGUCUGAUUGCACGACUAACCUUUGUGUCUCAUGCUAUGAUCUCAAUUCCCAUGUGUUUUACAUUCUCAGCCAGACAUAUGCAUCUCUUAUGUGGGACUGUGUGCAAUCUAUGCAUUAUAUGCCUUAAUGAUUAUUUUCUGAUCAAGUAUCUUGUCCUUCUAACUAAACAUUUUACGGAUCAUAUUUACUAUCAUCGUGGUUUUUUCAUCUGGCAAUGCUGCCUUAUCUCCAUGCUUCUGAUACAAGAUGGCUUGGAGGAAACUGCUUGGCGCACAUUGUUUUUAUUGUCGUUGUUAGUUGCUCCUGUUCCAGAUUGAACAUAGGAUAGUUCCGACGUCUUGUUAUUGGAGUCAGUCAUUGGAUGCGUGGACUAGAUAAACCCCCAAUUGGGUGCAUACAUUAUAUUUGGUUCCUACACAGAAGGAAAGAAUAAUGCCAAUUGCUCCCUGUAUAUUCCCAGAGGAAAUUCUGACUUGUUUGCAAUUCGUGCAUUUGUUUUCAGGCUAAGGCUUGUGGUAGAACUCCUGAGAUUUGCCAAAAGAUGGGUGAUGACAUGGGUGUAAGUUGAUAUUAUCUUAUUUCUUCCAUUUCUCUUUUGCAAAGGAUACUUGUUUUCUUACCUUUGUUAUCAUUAUCAGGCUAAAGUUCUCCAGAACUAUGAAAAUAUACUAAGUUCCUGUAAUGCUCUGGAUUACCAUGACUUUAUCAGCUGUUCGGUGAAGUUACUCUCUGAGUUUCCAGAAGGUAAGCAUUCAUUAUCCAUACCUUGUGAUGGGCCAGUUGGAUAUCUAUCUCUGCCAUGAUUGUAUUUCGUCCAUUUGUCAGUGUAUAAAAGUUGCCAGGAUAAAUGGAAGGCAAUAGUUGUGGAUGAGUUUCAAGACACAAGUUCAAUGCAGUAUAGUCUUUUACGUGUUCUCGCAUCUCAUAAUUGUUUAACCAUCAUUGGUGAUGAAGAUCAGGUCUGCUAUUCUAUAAUUUCCCUGGUUCCUUUUAAAUGUCAGACCCACUCAUUUUCUGAGUUUUCUUUGUAAAAUCCAGUCAAUAUUCAGUUUUAAUGGGGCUGAUGUCUGUGGAUUUGAUUCAUUUCGUAGAGAUUUUCCUGGAUACAAAGAGGUGAAACUUUCUUAUCUGCCUUUCUCUUUCGUUAUGAUUGUUUGUACAUGGUGUGAUGGAAUGAAUGGAGCAAAAUCUUUAGGACCUUAAAACUUUGGUAAAUGGUUUUUUAAAUGUUUUCAGGUUCGACUAUGCAAGAAUUAUCGUUCAACUCGUUGUAUUGUCGAGGCUGCGUCAUUUCUUAUUCGUAACAAUAUCAAACGAUGCCAGCAAAAGGAAGUUGUCACAGAAAAUUCCUCAGGAUGUAAAGUAUCCUUUCUAGAGUUUAAAGAAUUAUAAUAGUUUUCAACAUGAGACGUAUUUCGAUUUCAAUUAAAGUAUAAAAAUAGUUUCCACAUGAGACUUAUUUCGAUUUUGUACUUCAUCAAUUCACUAACUUUUCCUUGAUUAUAGUUAGAUCAUUGUCAAAGAAUGCUACACUGAAGAUGCUCAGUGUGCGUUUGUCAUUGAUAAAGUUUUGGAGAUGACAUCUGAUAUAUCAGUUUCAAAGUGUUCCUUCAACAACAUUGCAAUCCUUUAUCGGAGACAGGUGAUUCUUUUCAACGUGCGUUUCUUUAAUAUCAGUUUUUUUUUUCUUGAAUGUCAGCAGCACCUUUUUCUUUGGUUAUCCAAAAUGCAGGUCACUGGGAGAGUGUUUCAAAUGUCCUUUCGUGAUAGGAAAAUACCCUUUAACAAUCACGGAGUUGCCUUCUACAGGAAAAAGGUUCUUGGUCCAUAUUUUCAUUUCAAAUUCCUGUCAAUGUUGAUUUUCUCUAGUUUGAAGGUUAUUGAUCAUUAUUGUUUCAUCAUGUUUAGAUUAAAGAAAACAUAUAGUUCUAAGUUUUUACAAAACUUACUCUGUUUUAUUUCUCUUGCAAGCUAUUUUUAUUGGAGUCUCUUUGUUGCUGUUUUGUUUAUUUAACAUUAUAUGUAUAUGUUCUAGUUUUUUUCCAUCAAAGAGAAGACUUCCUUGCAGUAUAUUUUUAUCUUGAUAUAAAGGGGUAUGGCUAUAUAAUAUUUGCGUAUGUCCUAUUUCAGGUACUCAGAUAUCCUCAAUCAGUGUACUUGAAGCAACUGACUGAAAUAAUUGAAGCUGAUUUUUCUUGUGGCAUAAUCAUUCCAUAUUUGGUGUAGCCUAACCUAUCCCGACAGAAGUAUGAGAUGUAAGCAAAUUGGUGAUGGGUUUAUGAAUGAAGCAAGUGACAAUUUAGAUGCUAAAUUGGGUAGCACUGUCUAGAGUUCUAUUAUGAACCAUACAACCAGUUGGGAACCACCAUGAGAAUGUACACUGGGGCUUGAGCCAAUGUAGGUAGGAUGAAUGGUUCAUAGUCGUUUUUAACCUUGAUAGGCCAACCUCUGAUGUUAUCCUUCUCGUAUGUCCAUAGCUGGUGACCUAACAGUUCUUGCAUGGAAUGCAAGAGCUGCGGCCCAGAAUUUCCCUGUCCAAUUGGCUGAGACCAGCCAGGUGAAGAGGAGAAUUGAGGUUGCCAGGCAGGAGGAAAGGAGAGAAGCUUGACUUUACUUGAAAAGCUGUGUAAUGAAGUGCUGUAUAAUCCAGCUUGUUGAUCAAAGAAUUCCGGACAGUAGCAUAUUAUUGAAAUUGACUGGUAUUAAUAACCAUGUAUACUUUUCAAGUGUGUGAUAACUUUGUCUCCCACUUCACAGUUUCUAGGUUGAUAAUCUAAGAGGGGUGUAGGUUUCUAGACUAUUUGAACUGGGGGAGGAUUAAUCUGAUCAGUAGGGAAGCUGAUGUGACACAGUUUGACGAUCAAUAGUUGAUAAUGGGGGUGGUUCUACUAGCCAUCAAGAAAUAAUGGUAAAAACAAAAAAGGUAAACCAAUUUGAGGACUUUGAAGGUUUUUUUAUUGGAAAGAAAGAUAAGUCCUGACAUUUGGUGUCCUGACUUUAUUUCAAAGAUGAAACGUUGAUCCCCUUUGAAAAUGCAUAAUAUAAUUGCAAAAAAAAAAGUCAGCUUAAAAUGGCCUUUAAUCUUAGUGGAAGGGAGAGCCCUGACUGGCUGGAGCAGUUACAUGUAUCUUGAAAGGUUAAAGUGAAAACAAUAGGUGGAAAUCUUCCUUUGCCGUAAUCCACUAAUGGUUCUGACGCACACACUAGAGCCUUGGGGAAGGAGAAAAACCAUCCAAGACUGAUGAAGAUGUUGGGAUGAACAUUGAAUCAAGAUCAAAUUCCAUAAUAGCUAGGACCAAUUCAAAUUACUUUGGAUUAUUGCUAAGAAGCUCAUAUACUUGCCUAAAGAAUAUAAAAACAGAAAGGGUAGCCUAUUACAAACUUUUAAUGACUACUUUUAGUGAUUUUUAGUGGCAGCAACAUUAAGACAGAAAAAGGAUGAAGAAAUAGUCACGUUUUCCAAUUCAAGUAAAUGAUUCCUAUGCUAAUGAAGAUCAGAAUUGUCAUUCCUCCAUCAGAUAUUUAUGGCUGAAUUUCGAUCCUCGAGAAAGAGAAAAAUACACUGAAGUGAAAAUUGAUGGUGGUGUUAAUUUUUUUCAAUUCUAGUUUAGUUUUUCCUUCCUUUCCUUCCCUCUUCUUCUGUUCUGUUGUUACCAGCGACGUCACAUUCUUUCUCUUUUUUGUCUUUUUUCAUUCUCUUCUUACUCUUCUCUCUUCCUCUAUUCUUUGAUUCUAUCAUUCUUGGUUGUGUUUGCUAUUUUGGAUGUCUUCCUCUAUCUUCUCUCAGAAAUCAGUGAUAAAUAUCAAUAUUUUUUCUUUUUUAUUUGCCUGUCUCUACUUUCUUUUGUUACAAUCUGUUUUAGCAUUUUAUAAGGUUUUACAUGGCGGUUCUUUUUCAUGAAUUCCUCAUUAAAAUAUAGGUGACCAGAGCUAUCAUAGCUAUUCUGAGGACCACAUUGCCAGGGUGUGGUGAUGGUCCCUUUCGUCAGGCUUUCAAGGCACUCUUCGCCUGUGACAAAGAAGAAAAGAAAAAGGUCUAGGUCAUUUUGUUUCCUGCCAGUUCUUUUUAUUUUGCAUAUUACUAAAUAUUUUCCAAAUAUCUUUCUUCUUCUUUGUAGUUUAUCAUGUCGUAUAUACUCAUAGCAUGUGUUUCAUCGUGCAGAUAAUUCAAUAUGUUGAGAAGAUAGCCUCAGCUAGAAAUUGUGCCUUUAUUUCUGCAGCCAGUGACAUAUUUGGUGCAAAGAUUUCCGGUACUUUCAAAAGGUCCUGUCUUUUAAGCUGAUCAUUUAAUCUGAAUGUUUUGUGAGACCUCAAAAAUUAUGUUAACUUUGCCAUGCACUGUCUUUAUGAUCUUAAUGUUACUAAUUUGUUUGGACCACAGGAAUUCUCCUUUAUUCUGUUGUCUUGCAUUAUGUGAGGCAUACUGGUUGUUCUAACCUACACUUUUGUUGGAGUUAUGUGUUGGCUAUAGUUCAUAGGCUUUUGAUAUCGAUGUGUCUUGAGAAUCUUUUGCACUUGUGUGUCUUGUAGCUGUGUUUUUCGUUUGUGUUAUCAAAAUUGGUGCGACAUCCUUGGAUGUUCCUUCAGAAAACGAUUGGGGGGAGGGGGGUAAGAGUUACUUUCUUUAAAAAACUGGCUACCUAGUUACACAUCGUCUUGCCAUUCUUCAGAAGAUAUUAAAAACGUUGGAUUACACAGAAUUUUUUUUGACAUCAUGACAAUCAUUCUCUAAGGCGGUCACGAUGUGAAGAUCAUAAAACAAUGCGGGACUGGUGAAUAUGUUUAUCUGAUCUCCUGAACACCUUUUAAGAGUAUGGCGGGUCAUUGGUAGUUGUUUAUACCUUUUGAAAAGUUCGAAUCUUGUAAGUUGACCUUAUAUUAUACUUGACUAUUUAGUAUAAAUGCUUGCUAUUAUUACAGGGCUCAGCUUACUCAAGGACGCAAGGUUCUGUCAGCUUUAGGCAUGUUAUCAAAGCUCGUUUUCCAAGUGAGGGGCUUUAUUUACUAUGUGCAUAAAAUUUUAAUCCUGUGUACGUAUUCAUCACUGUUUUUGUGUACACAUGUAUAUACUUGUGCGGUACAGAAGUUGUAGUGUUCCUUUCAAUCAUAUGAUUAACUUUGAAUUUUUUUCUCUAUAAUUAAAUAAAAUUUGCAUGCUUUAUAUUUCAAAAUCAGAUGGUUUCAUAGAUUUAAUGCAAAGUUGUGGUUUAAGCUUACGAUUCCUUUUGAUGGCUUACUCGUACUAUUUAAAGUGAAUCAUUCUAUUUACUUUGCUAUUUUGUUGCUUAGCCUUUGCGUUUCCUUGUUUAUAGAUGCUCACAUCAUUUAUUGAUACUUGUAGGAAUUGUCAAUCUCUUCAGUUAUCUCUUCUGCGGCAAACUUACUACCUCAGGUAUGAAUUGUGAUUUAAUAAUGUACCUUUGCAUUUAUCCCUGAUGUUUUGUCAAGUUUUUUUUUCUUUUUUAUCAUGGCUUUAUUGGUUGUUCUGUAGGAUGGCGCUAUCUGGUUCGGAGAAUUUAACAUACUAAAUGCAUAGUCUAGUCAUGUCUGAUCAUGCUUAAAAUUUGAAGUAUACUUGUGUUUGAAAAAUGUUAAAAUGGCUUCUUAACCUGUUGGACAUAUUAACUAAGCUAUACGGAAUAAUUCUUACAAGAUUGGGUCUUAAGUGAGAUUCCUUGGUGCCAUUUAUCAAGUGGGAUUGCCUGGUAUCGCAUGCAUAGUUUUGAUGUUGUGCUUCUCACUGAAUGCAAGAGUUUUCUGGGAUGUAGGUUGGUUUUUAGGGUGAGUACUCAUCUUUGGAAGGACUACUCGUAGAAAUCAACCAUUUGUUUCCAGAUACCCUGUCGAUCCCUUAUUUUUCAUUUUAGUUAUGAUACGGAAAAAAAACAAGAAAUUUAGAGAUACAAGGGCACUUGUUUCACUGACAAAUUAAUAGUUUCUGUUGAGUUUUUCUUACUGAAAGAUCCAUUAUUUCUUGCCUUUCUUAUUUUCUGGCGUUGGUUUCUUGCUGUGGAAUGAUGUGUUUCCUUUCUUUCUUGAUUAUCUGUGUAUCAAUAGUCCAGACAUUGUACGGAGAUUGCUCACCUAGUAACGGAUUUUCUGUUGAUUAUCCUUGAUCUACCAAGAAUUGGUUCCUAUUUUGUAGAGAUACCUCCUUGAGCAACGUGCGGUAAUUGAUGUUGACAGUGGAAAAUAUUUGAAUGAAGACCAUGACCUUAGAUCUGUAAGUUAAGUCUGGAAGCUUGAUUAUUAACUGGUUUCGAGUUCUUGAAUAUAUUGCUUUUCUCUAUCCUUCCUUAAACGGGAGUAAAAUUCAUCUUCGCCUUUCCCUGCUUAUCUCAUGUUAAUUGAUAAACUUAGUUUGAAUGAUUUUUUCCGAUCAUAAUUCAUAUAUCGCCAUUUCAUGCUUUAUUUUUCCUAAUAUUAUGAUUGUCUGCCUUUUUUUUCUUUUUAGUUUGCAUCUUUCAUACCAGUUCCUGAUUUUUCACUGCUUCUUUGCUUCGCCAUGGUUCAUUAUGCAUUUUAUUUUCGAUUGUAAUUGAGUUUGCUUGAGUAAUGCACUGUUGUCAAACCAAUUAAAAGGGUCUAAGAAUGGACUUUAAAUUGAAGAGGCCUUGAUAGUUGCACAUUGGGUUUGUUGAAUGUCUUAAAUAUAGGGGAUGGAAUCAUAUUAAAAGCUGAAAUCUAACGGUUCUAAGCAACAAAAUUGAAUGAAACGCUGAAGAAUAUAGGCUCGAGUUGUCUGAUAAUCUGCAGGGAUACAUGUGGUGUAAUGAUUUAUUCAUGUCAAAAAUAUGUUUGUAUUAGGGAGUGCUGUCCAGUUAUCACAAAGGCGAAGCAACACUUUCAUAUUAAAGGAAACUUGUAUCCUAGAAUUGAAAAAAAUCAAAAUGUGUUACCUCGAGCUUCAGUGGUCCUACUGCCCAGCAUCUUCAAUUUAGCCUUACUGGUUUGUAUUUGAGGCCAUGAUCUUCUACUCAAUAUGGAACCAUAUUCUGUGCUUAGCUUUGGUGACUUCAUUUUACGUAAGGAAUAUAAGGUUAGAGUUAAGGUGAACGAUUCUUAAGUGCACUAGACAAUUGAUCAUCAUUAGUAUUUGAAGUUGAUGUCUAAUAAGAGGCUCUUUAUUAAUACUCUUUUUAUAAGGAAUUCAAGGAAACGAAUAGAAGAGGACAAGAAGGUUAGCGGUAAUGAAAGAUGCUGCAUCAGACUUCCUUGGGUAUAGGAAGUCCCUCUUAUAAGCUUUUAUAUUAAGAUAAAAUAGUAAAUUGAGAAAAAGAGAACAAAAAUACUGAAGCUCUCGUAAAAUGUCUAAUAACAAAUUGUUGGAUACAGUUAGUCAUUGGUGAAUAAUUGUCCCCUCACAUUUAGGAACAAUCGACCAAUCUUCAUGGAGCUGCAUUAAACAGUUCAUUCUAAGAGGCCUGUGGUACAUGAUGUCAUUAAUUAUCAAUCACUCUAAGGUCCCUAAUCGUUCAUUGGUGUCGUUUUUGCUACACUGUUUGUUAUAACUCUUCAUUUUUAGAUUGCUUUUUAAAUGGUCAUUUUAGAAGAACAUUGUAGAAUGCUAAGAGAAGGGAAAAACACCAGGGAAACCCUAGGACAGGACAUCCUAGGACAUAUACAUUUGAUCUGUUAGAAAUGCAGAACACCAGGACAUCCCUAGGUGUUGAGUUAGAGAAGAGAGGAGAAGGAACAGAGGCGCUAAAACUCUAGGCUGAACUGCGGAGAGAAUCCAUUUCCUCUUUUUUCUGUCUUCUAUUAGUCCUGAGCCCAAUGUUUAGCACAUGGACGCAAUAGUAUAGGUUGGGUGGACGUAAUGCGGGUCCGAUACUUAAUGGUUUAGUAAGCCCAAACAGGGUUUGAUAUUUUGAUGGGCCCAACUAAAACUCUAACAUGGAGAAAAAAGAAAAGGAUAACUGGUUCUCGACAGUAAUCAAACAAGUCUUUACUUCUAAGUGUGAUAUUGAGGUACUUUGAGUAAUUUGUUAUCCUUUGAAAUGCAUAAAGUUGUUUUCACUUGGUUGUAAAUAUUCUAAGUUGAAUAACGUACCAUAAAGCGUAUUUAGAGAUGCUUGUAUUUGGAUCCUUGAAAUGGCAAUUAUAAUUUACGUUUGUACCUGAGUAAUGCCUAUACUGUCCUAAGACAAAGAGUUAUCUUGCCCGUUGCAAAAUUGGACAAAAAAAUAUGCGAGUCGAUCCCUUCUGUGGGGACUUGACUGAAAUGGUAGAAAAUACCUGAUGCUAAAUCCAUUGGAGAGAAUGUUAUUGAUGGGGAUUUUGACUGACCCAUAUGAUUUCGUUGGUAAUUUUACUAUUGAAUGUAAUCAAAUACAACAUGAUUAAUAUGCUUUAUGUCAAGCUUGGCCAAACAAGAUGCAAUCACUGGCUAAUAUCAUCAUGGCUAUUUAUGGUUGAAAGAAGCUAAACCAAAUAUUGGAAAGAUCACGGACUAUUGUCCAUGAUUUUGUUUAUAAGUGAGCUGAGGAGAGCAUGCGAGACAAAGUGACAUGGGAGCACAAUGAGAAAGAUUUAGAGGACUAUGGUCCUUUUGCCAUGCCGAAUCGAGUAGAGUGUAGUUUGUCUUUGUCCUGUAAGCUGGUUGUAUGAAUUUUUUAAUGAGUCUAGAAUAAAUCUGGGGAUUUUUGCAUGUGUACCAUUAUAAACUAUUGGGCACUGUACCCCUGCCUUCAACAUCUCAACUUCUUUACUGUAAAUUUUUAUAUUCUUAACCAUGCUUAACUCAUCCGAACUUUAUAAAGACAUUACCAUUUACUAGGAGGACAAUGCCUGUAGUUUAAAAGACACUUUAAUUUUUGGUAAGGCUUUUUAUGUUGAUUUCAAAACUACGAAUUUACAGGUGAUUCAGUACCUGCUUGAUGACGUGGCCGAAUUUCAGUCAACAUACUUCGAUUUUGAUAAAUGUGAGAAAGUUGCAGCAGAGGAGAAUGGGUGUCGGAACACACUUAGUGCCUUUCUUGAUCAUAUUUCUCUUAGAGAGACUGAGAAUUUUAGAACUUUGAGAUGUGAAAAUCAGAACUCUAUCACAUUGACGACAAUUCAUCAGGUAUAGAAUUCAUGUUCUUGAACUAUUGAACUUUUAGGUGCCAUGUUUGACGUAAAAAUAUACUCUUCUUAUCAUGAAAUUUGACUCCUGUAUUCUUCUUUGACAGUCAAAAGGUUUAGAGUGGGACACCGUUUUUAUUGUGAAGGUAUGGCCCUAUAUAGGAGGAUAUAUUAGCAUCUAUUUCCCUCAGUCAAAGUUUCAGUGCUUCUGAAAAGUUUAAAAUAUACUAUUUUGAGUAUUCCAUUUUUCAGUACAUUGAUGUUGUGGAUUUGGCAGCAACUUUGGCCAAUAAUAGUGACAAGUAUAUGUGAUCCAUUUCAUGUUCUGAGAGAGAGAAAUGGUUAAAUGAACAAAAGCGUAUCACUUUUCUAAUAUUAGAUGUGCUACUUUGAUUGCUGCUGAUUUAGGACGGCCAGAUUUGAUUUGCUGCUUCCUUUGAAACCUGUUGUUGGUGUUCUCAACUUUGCUAAACUAAAAUAUGUCGUACCUUUCCUCUCAACUUUAAAUAGAAAUCAGUCAUUCUGUUUGUUGUUGGUUUUUGGAUACCUAAAGAAGGGCCAAAAUGAUGCUGACAACUUAUGUGAACUAGUGAAAAUUUGUGGGCUUCGCCAGUCCAAUAGCUUUAAUUUUUUACGAGGGGCGUUGGAUCUAAGUUGUGUUAUGCCACAUGACAUUAGAUACCUUCAUUGGAGAUACCUUAUGUUGUUAAGUCUUGUCUGCUAAUGGCCAGAACGCAGUAUGAACUGUGAGAAUAUUGCUGUCAUGCGUCACAGUUUUGACUGAAUAAUAUAUCAAUCCUAUUAAUGUUGCUUUUGACUUACCAUAUCAUUACAUGUGACAUGAUGCAUUUGAGCUUAAAUACUCAGUUCACAUGAAUGUCUAUGGAAAAGUUUGACUCACCACCACCUCUGCACAUGCUUUAUUUUGGUGCUUCCCUGAAAGGGAUUAGACGCCUGAGGUGUCUUGGCCACCUCAUUACCUAGUUGGAUUUUUAGGUGACGCCUUAAAAAGCCUGAGUUAAAUGGUACGUUUCCUUUCCAACCAUUUUACAGUUUAUCAUAAAGGUCUUAUGUGCCUUUGUUGCCUCAUGUGUGAGGGGACAUGUGGUCUUUAUCAUGUGAACAACAUAUAUGAAGUGUAUGGGGUACAGAAGUAACAAUCAUUUCUGAUUGACGAUGAGUAGAGUAAACCCUUUUAUAUAACCUCGUUAGUUUGCGUGCAUCGUCUAAUAAAAGAUUAAUAUAGGACGUAACCCUGCAUUUUUGCAAAGCAUAUGUUUCUUAUGAAGAUUUGUUGCUGGUAUAAUAGGUUUAGAUGCUCACUAUUUAGUGGAUUUCUCUAGUGAAUUAUGCCAUCUCUAGUUAAUUAAAAUGGUUGUGUGACGUACUUUUCUUAAUUUCUCUAUUUUGUGGAGAUGUAGCCGUGCUUAUUUAGGUGCUAAUCUCUUGUGUUUAGUUGAUACUCUUAACCGAGAAAAUAGUUUUACAGUUUGAAACAAGCUUAUUGUUAAAAUAUUCCUCCUUAGUGUGUCACAUGAUGGUUUAGUGUAUCACGCGACUGUCUUAGUGUCUUUUUCCUUCUGUGUGUAAGGUUCAGAUGUCCAGGACCUUCCUCGAGGUGUCUGAUAUAAGUACCAGACCUCUGUUGUGAAUUGAUUUAACACAAUCUUUCCCUCAUUUUGAAUAGAAGUUCCUUUUCCGCUCUCUACAUGAGAAGGUUUUUCCUUGAGGAUCCAGAGGAAUUGAAGGAAAUUCGACACUUAUAGGGCUAGUUGCCAGUAAGUUCAGAGGAAAUCAGUUCUAAUUCUGGGGAAAGAAAGAUUUGUCUAACCGCUAUAAGUAAAAAUUUUAUGCAUCUGACUUCUAAUCUUAUUUUUUUAGAAUAGUAUGGAGCUGGGCUGCAUUUUCGUAGGUCAUAGGUCGCUUAGAUUAUCUUAACUCGGCCAUCAUUUGUUGGACGCAUAGAGCAUUUCUGCAUGUUUGCUAGCCCAAACUCGGCUAGAAAUUUCUGCCAUAGACAAUGGCUACUUUUUCUGGUUAGGAAUGUUUUGGAGGCUCAUAUAGAGUUAUAGGGUUUAGUUUUUCCCCGUUGCAUCUUUCAGAGUAAAUUUUUUUCUGGUUCCUAGAGUCAGAUGCCACAGUGCUUCAAUUCAAGCUGCUUUUUUACCCAUAUUUUAUAACACCUGCAGCUGUAGCUGGCGUAAAGAAAUUUACUGCUGAAAUCAGGAGUAUGGACUAGAUUGAUAUAAUGGGCUGUUGACCAUGUUAGCUGUUGUGCAUUGUCAGAACGUUAAAUAUUAUGGCCAGUUGAUGUUUAACAAGUGCUGUUUUGGCGGAUCGUUCCAACACUUUUUCGUCCCUGGCACCUUAUCUAUUCACUUUAAUAAUUAUUUAGUAUCAUAUAAGAAUCACUACGUGGAUGUCAGAAGGCUGAUUUAAUAUUCUUUUGUCUAGGCAAAUGAAUCAGAAAUUCCUUUGUCAAAUGAAUUGAGUACUUUCAAUGAGGAAUGCGGUACAAAUAUUGAGGUGAGCAUGUUGCUUUCGAGAGUCUUAAUACAUUUCAAUGUUUUUGUCCUAUUCCUCUUACUGAAAUUGAGAACGUUUAUAGGAGGAGCGUCGGCUAAUGUAUGUAGCAAUGACUCGUGCUCGUAAGAAGUUGUACAUUCUUUACGUCCUAAUGGAUUCAAAUAGGAUGGUAAAAUCCUUUCUUCCUGUGCGCUGUCGUAUUUAUUUAUUUAUUGAUUUUCUAUACCUUGUGUUAUUUUGCUAAUGUUAUGGAUUUUCAGCUUCUACAACCUUCCCGUUUUUUGAGGGAAAUACCAGUCCACCUUACUGAGGGCCAGGUUAGUAUUACAUUGUCUGUCUUCUAUCUUACAACUCAGUGUAUUUGGUUAUGACGAUUGUAUUGCCAAGUUUUAAUUUUAUGGAAGCAUUCUAGCUGAUAAAAACGAAACUAUAAUAUUUUUGAUGUUUAAGUUCUUGUUGCGGUGCUGUGGAUACAGCUAUAGUAUACUUGGUUAAAAUGUACUUUUCAAAUGCAUACCAUUUGAAAAGUACAUUUUAAUGAGGUUGGUCAGUUUGUUUUUCAGUAAAUCAAUGCUACUAUUUUCGUGGUUCCAUUGUGUGGAAAUUUAGUUUCCUAAGGGUUUUAUCUCUAAUUUGUGCUUGAUGGUUUGCACUCUUAGGAAGUGGUCAAUGAGGAAACGCUUCCUCGAGAGUCUGUAGAAAGCAGUGUCAAACCUGCUUCUAGUCCUUCAAAAUGCCAGCCAUUCAGUGAGGUGACUGGCAACCCUUCACUCUGCUUUCAACGCCCUGAGGAUAUUGACUACGGCAUGAAAGAAUCUGCGCAAGCUUGCCUUGGAAAUAAUUUCCUUAAAAGGUAUCAGCCAUUUUGUUGUCUUUUUUGGUGACCAUUUUGCGCUCAUAUUCAUAUUCUGGUUGUACUUCGUGGUUCCAGCAAGUGUGGGAAAAACCUGUAAUUAGGAGUUAGUCCUUUUGGCCAUUUUCUUAGUUGGGUAGUUUCCUAGUCUGGUACCUUCCUAGUUGAUCAGUUUCUUUAACCCAGGUAGUUUCCUCUUCUUGAACAAUUGUAUAUAGCUAGCAAUUGUUUCUAUGAUUUAAUAAUGACAAGAGAUUUUUCCUGAUUGAUUAUCCUUGUAUGGUUUGCAUUAGUAUGUAAAAUAACAACGUGGGCUCUACUGCCAAUUUCGCAAUUUUUUACUAACGUUUUCUGGAGAGCAUUUAUUGUUCCUUCCAUUUAUAGAAGCAUGUUUGCCUGUAACAAUAUAUUGAAGAGUAUUUCCACAAUAGGCGUCCAGAGACUUGGUUUCUGGUUUCUCACAACCAUUCCUGUCACCAUGAUCCUUGUAAACGCCUUCUGUUUAAUGGCUUGUGUGUAAUGAACUUCAAUUUGAUUUUUUAAGAUCUUUUGCAGAUUUAAUUUGGAGGAUCGAUCAACUAUUUCUCAGUUAUUUCAUCAAUGGGCGAAAAAGCAAGCAUUUCAAGUUCCAAGACGGUUAAUUGAUAAGGUGCUUUUGAUCUUCAUUUUCCUGACCAGUAUGUGCAUUUAAAAAACUUAGUUUCUUCAUUUAUGCAACUCUGGUCUUCGCAUUCACAUGUAGUUCAAUGAUUAGAAUUACAUGUACAGCAUGAACUUCUGUGAUAGAAUUACAGGAACUUUGUUGUUCAAUAUUAGUCGUUAGCUUGGAAAGUGUUGUCAAGAUACAAACCCGAUGCUGCUUUUACAUUUUUUUGCAUUGAUAUUAACAAGCGUUUAAUUUUUAAUCUUGCCUACUUCAGUUUUUUCGGUUUGUUCGAAUGGCUAAACACAAUUUGAUUGCAUACCUAUUCUCCUAAAUAUCUCGUAUCUAUGUAGAAGUUUGCAUGCCUACUGAUGUUGUGUUACUUCUCUCAUUUUCAUUUGCCUACCUGAAAAGCUGUGAUACCUGACUUUUGUGCUGGUUAUAAUCUCCUGUCUUGAUGGAUGAUGCGGUGAUAAAACAUCACGGUAGCCCAUUUUUCAAAUACUUGGCUAGCUUUGGAAGGCCAAAUCCUCUUUAGUAGGUGGAGAAGAUACUGGUGUACAAAUCUUGCAUGUCUCAAUUAGAUGUAGGUCUGUGGCCUGCGAUCUGUGGCACAAAUUUUUUGUCAGCUUACUCGAGGAAGAAACUGUUGUUCAACUUUGUCAACUGGGAGGCAUUUUUAUGUAUACAUUCAUUUUAAUCCAAAAUCGUGUGUAAUUGGUUGAAUGUCCACCUUAAUUGGUCAGACUUCUAUUUUCUAAUAUCAUCCUUCAAUUUCCAAACUACUGUAUAUCACAUGAAAAAUGUAAAACAUGCACGUUGUACAUUCGUGUCUUUUCUUAUCAAUCCUUUUGGAUUGCAGGUUGGCUUUGUAAUUGAUGAACGUCUGAGGAGUAAGACAACCAGGAACAAGGUUUCCUAAGUUUUCAGAUUCGUGACUUAUUCUCUUUCUUUUUGCGGAAGUUUAGUCUUAAAUUUUGAGUUUUGGCAGUGUCAAAACCUGUUCUCUUCAUUGUUUACUUUUCCUGUCACUUGAAACAGAUAUGAAUCCGGCACCUUUCAUUAUGGGUUGCAUUGGGUUAUCCUUGACCCACAACUUUAUUGCCUUGACAUCCAUCAUACAUGCUGUCUAUGUGACACAACCUUAUUAAUGCAUUACUGCAUGCAUCGAUCAUCUAGAGACUAAUAUUACGAGUAUAUUUUGGUUGAAGAUGUCUUAGAAAGCCGAUUAUGUGAAAGCUGCAAAGGUUGAUUCACAGAGGAGAGCUAGCAUGUUCAGUCAUCUGAUAAUUAGUUUCAAAUGGCUGCAUAAAGUUUUUUAGUUCUUCAGCGGAUAUGAAAUGUUUUCCCAUCAUGAGUACAAAUGGUUUCCUUAUAUGGAACUCGAUUGACAGCACGUUUGCACCUUUUUUUUUUUUGUUUUUUCUAUUUCCAUUGUUUCUUCCCUGUCAGGCAUUUAUGCAGCCAUUCAAUAUCGGUUUCUUGUUCUUAGGUCUUCAUAUUAUUGAUGAUCGGUGAAUCACAACACACUUUUCUUGAAGCAGAAGAAUCUUUACCCGUCAACAGGCUGAUGAAUUACUGUAGAAUGCCUUCUCAUAUUAGUGAUCAUCUGUCUUUUUUGCCCAUAAUUAGAAAAUAUAUUUCAGGAUCUUUUACGUACUCUCAAAGCUUCAUUGAGUGAUGACGAAGCCUUUCAGUAUGCACAGUAUGUGAGUCAUAUGAUCAUAUUUCUUCAAGUAUUUGUAUGCUCAGAUUUAUCCAGCAUAGAUUUUAUUAUUACUUUUUUUUUUACUGAAAAAGCUUCACCAUCUGCAGGUUUUAAGAUGGGAGAAGAUCCCUUUAGAGAAACGUGCUCAUUUAAUGAGGGAAAAGCAGGUCCGUGAUCUUCACAUGCUUUCAGUUAUAAUCUCAUCAAGAUAAGAUAAAUCAGACAGAAAAUAAUUUUUUUUUAUAAAUACACGAACCGGCCCUUUAUCCCCACUCGCAUCACAUUGCAAUGGUUACCUGACAUCAACACAAAUGUCGUCUUAAUCCCAGGAACACUUCCAGAAGCAAAGGAUUGAGAAUGCAAUGAAUUCCUCAGGGCCAUCAGCUAAGCAGGUUAUUGAUCUGUGAUUCAUGUCAAGCACUAUUUUUUUCUCUUGUUGAAACCUUAUGGGCUUUGCGUCUUUCUUCAUGCCAGUUUUUCUUCUUUGCUCUUGGCAAGUAGAAUGAUCAAAUUUACACUAUUUUGGGCAAUUUAUAGUUGGAUUAAGGCUGACAGAGGGCAAAAUGAUCAGAUUUUCAACGAUUUGACUUAUCUUCUGCAACACUUUCAGCAUCUCAUCUUUUUUUUUUUAUCCGUGGUCAUAAAUCAUGUCCGUUUGAGGAAAAUUAUUCAUCACUUUCAGAUAAUAUGAUAUCUUUAAUGGAAACAGUAUUUAUUGUUGAUUUAUAACCAGAAAACCUCUGGUUUCCAUUCUUUAUUUUAUUUUAUUGGACCUUUGGCUUUUACUUUUGAGAUUCUAAAUCCCUACCAUUUUCAGAGACCUCUCUGAUGUCUUUUUCAUGGUUGCAUAUGAUGUGGCUGAACCCGUGUUUCUUGUGCUCUCGAUCUUGUCCAGAUUAAUUUUCUCCAGAGUUUAGGUUGCACCAUUGUGCCCACCUCACGCCUCCAUGCAUCGCGCCUGAUCGAGCAGUACAAGUCUCUGUAA